UUGUGAUUAGUUCAUAGAUCAUAUUUGGUUUAAUCAAAUAUUGUGUCGAAUCUGUCGUGCUGGUUCACAGUCAGCAGAGCAAGAUGGCGGCCCCUACUAAACAGUACGGGCUGAUUUUGUCCCAGAAGAAAGGAUUGUCUAAGAGCCUGCAGAAACACUCUGUGUUUGAGGAUGACUCAGAUGAUGAGACCACAGUUGGGGAGACUCUGCAGAAAGAAGCUGUCAAAAAGAAGAUGAUGAAGCAGACACGUUUGGAAAUGCACAAGGCCCUAGAACAGGACAGCACUGUUUAUGACUACGAUGGUGUGUACGAUGACAUUCAAAAACAGAGACUUGAGAGCAACAAAAAAAUUCUGGGAGGCGCUGACAAAAAGCCAAAGUACAUCCACCAAUUGAUGAGAGCAGUUGAGGACCGAAAGAAAGAACAAGAACGAAGGGAAGAGAGGAAGAUCCAGAAGGAAAGAGAGGCAGAAGGAGAGCAGUUUGCAGAUAAAGACGCUUACGUUACAUCCGCCUACAAGCUAAAACUGCAGGAGCAGAAGGAGGAGCUGGAGAAAGAAAAAAGAGAGGCUGCGAUGGAAGCGGCUUUGGACGUGAAGAAACAGAAAGAUCUGAGCGGCUUCUACCGCCACCUGCUGAAUCAGACCGUAGGAGAGGAGGCGAUACCAGAUGGCUCAGCAAACAAAACUCAAAACUCUAAGGUUUCAAAAGACACAGAGAGGACUUCCCCUGUUCCCUCAUCUACGUCCCAUGACAAUAUUCCAAGUUCAGGCAGCGACAGUGAGGAGGGGCAUGAGCAGAAGACUGGAUUUAGCAAGCUUGGGGCAGGCUCUACACACUCAAAACGCCAAUAUAGGCAGAGGUCACCUUCAUCAGGGAGUGGAGAAGAGAAGGAGAGAGAGAAGGAGAGAGACAGACAUAAGAAGAGGCACAGAGAUCAAGACAGAGGACGGGACAGAGAUCAAGACAGAGGACGGGACAGAGAUCAAGACAGAGGACGGGACAGAGAUCAAGACAGAGGACGGGACAGAGAUCAAGAGAGGGACCGAAACAGGGGAAGGGAACGGGAUGACAGACACGGGGGAAGAAGGGACGGAAGGAAAGACAGGGACAGAGGCAGGGACGAUGACAGAAGCAGAGCCAAGGACACAGACAGGGAAGACAGGCAUGGGAAGAGGGAGAGGAGCCCUAAGGAAAGAGAGAGGGAUAAGAAUGGGGAAAGAGACAAGAGAAGGAAUCACGAUGAAGACAAGCGAAAGGACAAAGAUCAGGAAGAAGAGAAGGAUAGAAAGAAGCAACCAGAGAGCGAGAAGGCAGUAAAGGGAGACGAAAAAGAUCCAGAAAAGAAGGAGGCAGUCGGAGAACAGAACACGGAGGAAAAAGAUGAACAGAAACAGAAAGACGAGGAGAAAGAGGAUGCGGAGGAGAAGGCGAACAAGUUUGCAAAGCGCAGCACGGAUCACACUGUUAGUUCGGCGAGAGACAGGUACGUGGCCAGGCAGAUAGCCCGCUCGUCAUGUAAGACUUAUAUAGAGAAGGAGGAGGACUGAGCGCUGUGCAGCACAAUAAAGAAGACAAGGCUUGUUAUUUCAUGUCUUUCUUUUACGAAAAAUCCCAUGAAAAUGCCAAAAACCAACACUGAGUUAGUAUCUUCUUCUAUCAAUAUCUUCUGACUUCCGUUGCCUGUUAGCCAAGCCCAUUGGUAACUGGAGAUGUAAAUCUUUAAAAAAAACUGACUCUUUUCUAGGAUCACUGAUUUUUGCAAGCUUUCUUCUAGCAGGAAUAAAUAUAAUUAUAUCGUAUGUUAUAUUACUUUAAGGGAUUAUUUUCAGCCUUCAUUUGAUGCUCUAGUGAGUAUUUACUGUAAUAAAGUAUGCAGAAUUAACUCAAAUAAAGUGUAAUUCACAUGUUUAUUGUUAUUAAAGAACAUGUCGCCCAGUCUCAUAGUGUGGCUCGUUGAUGUAAUAGUUUUGGUCAAUAAAGGUAGCUGUGGCAUUGACUACCAAGACAAUUCACUGUUGGUUUUAGUCUUUUAGUGGGAUCUACUGACGAUAAGAAUAAUAUUGAUAAUAUUGCCAACCUUAUCCUGUAUGCGCUGACUCCACUUAAACACUGCAGUGGACAGAUACAAACAGCAGAGUGUGCUGGUUGUCAGUGACAAAAGAGAGAGAGAGCUGGACAAUAUCAUUCUUUUGAACUGGAAUUGAUGGAUUUGGGGUUUAUGAUUUUGAAAUGAGUACACAAACUUGUAAAUAUGAGUUUUGACAGCGCAACCAUCGUAACAAUACACACAUGAAUGAGUGUAUAAAGUACAUUUUACCUUAUUGCAGAAUUCAGAGGAAAAGUGGAACAACGUGAGCCAGUGAUGGUUGUGGUUGAUCACUUUUGUUGAAUUAUUUUGUAUUUUUCCCAUGUAGUCAGCGAUGAGUUAAUAAAUCAUUUCUGUCCCACAA